AUGGGAAGACUAGGACGGCGUAACUUGGAGGACCUGGCGAUGAAGACUGGCAGAACCGGUCCUCUCGGUCAAGGUGAGGUCGACCAAUCAGGAGUCGAAAUUCGGACAUCAAUGAUGCACAAAGGUCUGUUCGCCGACAUUAAACUGAAACGAGCUAUGUUAAGGCCAUCGUUGAUCAAAAUCCAACCAAAUCAGCGCGAGAGAUUGCUAUGGUCCUAA